GAGCCGGGGGGUUUUGCAGGGGAAGCAUCUGGCCUGCCACUCCUUGUGCUGCUCGGGUCUGGUCUUCUGGCCCCUUCGCUACCCUCCCACACUUACACCCAGGCGCUGGUGCCCCAGGGCUCACCACUUCUUGUGUCACCCUUUGGGGUGAACCGAGCUGACCUUCGCACUGCCUUCCCACCUCCUACUGCUGCAUCAGGAUGGGCAGCUGGCAGCAGGGAGGAUACAGCUCCUCUCCCUGCCCACCACCCCCAGGGGUCCCCCCAGGUGGGCUCCCCUGAACACCCCUCGCUGCAGGAGCCAGGGCUGAGCAGGGCGAGGGUUCAGGGAAGCCAAGCGAGGCAGCCUGGCCACCUGCCACUGGCUCUUUGCAGCCAGCCAUGCACUGCCAGGGUGCAGACCUUGGGCAUGAAGGAUUGUGAAAUGGCCAAGCAAGGAAAGCAAAGAGGCUGGAGCGUGUUGGAGUACAGCAGGGGAACCCCAGAGUGCUGCUGGCAGCAGCCCAGCUGGGGUCAUGCAUGGCACCAUGAUGGGAAGGGAUGUCUGCAGGGCUGAUCCCUGGCAGGGCCCCAUUCCUGGAAUUUGGGUCGUUUCACAGGAAGGACGACCAGCUUGCUUUUCUCCCCAGGAUGGGAGGGAAACAGUCGCUGUCAGAUCAUCCUGGCUGCUGUCCAAGCAGAGAUGGCUUCCCAGCACCUAACAGUCUUAACUUUUCUCUUGGGCAAGUCCCGUCUUGCACCUUGGGACCCUGUAGCUGGUACAGAGCUUUUCACAAAAUGGGGAUCCUGAUUGUUUGACUCAGUACGCGUGCACACACACACCCCCACCCUACCCAGCUAUCCCCCCACACACACCCCCACACCAGCUCAGGUAGGCCCAGACUUUCCUGAAAAUAAUCAAACCCUGAUAAGAAAGCAUCCACCCUAAGGCUGGGAAAUGAUUUUGCAAGCUCCCAGAGGAGUCUCCCCAAGGGAGAUGUUUUUCCUGCGUCCUGCUGCACAGCCUGGAGUGGUGCUUACACUGGUGACUGCACAGGAGGGGCUGGAGAGCAUUUUUAUUUCUGCCCCAUCAAAGCUUUUGGAGAACUUAAAACUCCACCUGGUGGGACAGGAAACUCUGCCUGAUGUUCUCCUAAGCAAGAGGGAUGAAUUAAUAGCAUUGCAAGUGCCAAGCAGGGCCACAGCAGCACCCUCAGCUUGGUGCCCAUCUUGCUCCCUCCCCCCAGCUCCCACUGCAGACCCCUGGGUGAUGUGUGCUGCCAGGGUGAUGCAGGAGCCUGCAGGGAGCCGGGCCGGCUCCUAGCACUGCCAGAUUGAGCAGCUCCUGCCCAUUGCAUUUCCCUCCCAGCUGCCAGCUGAAAUAGUGGGCAGGGUUUUAACUCCUGCGGGGUGGGGGGGACAAGAAUGGCACAGUGCUCUCCUUGCCAGAUGUCAGAGUCCCCAGUAUCUGGUCUUGUGGAGGCUGCAGGGGAAGAAUAGCAGCAGCAAUGAGGUCCCUGCCUGCAGUGUUCCAUGUGGGGAGGGCGUUUGCCUUUUCUGCAGGAACAGGCACCUUGGGAGGCCACACAGGCAGCCCUUCCCUUCCUCUUCAAAUGGUGAAUGGCCGGACAUUUGCUGAGAUGGAGAUUAUGGUACAUGUGUAUCUGGAUGUCUGCCUCACCACGUCUGUGAGAAAGCAGGGAGCACACUGGAAAGCUUGCCAAGACCCUUUGCUCGGGAGGAACAGCUGCCGGUUUCUCCACCGGCAACAGUGAUGCCAAGGCAUGGCACCCACUCACCCACCACAGAGCGCCUUUGGAAACACGCCCCUCCCUCCCCGUGGGAGGUGUCCCUGUGCUGAGAGUGUCCCAGCUGUCCAGAGCAGCCCCUAGCCCUGGGCAGCAGACAAAGAGCGGGUACACAGGCGCCUGCCCAGCCCCGGUGCUUUGGCAGAGCAGAGAAGUGAGCCAUUGUCCCCGCACGCUGCCAGCCCCAGCGCCAGCCACUGCCGAGGACUGGGCCAGCAGAGGCUGCCUGGUAGGACACAGCAGAGCCAGCAGCAGAUGCACCAUGGUCACUCUGGUAGGGCCAGCAGCAGCUCUGGUCCUCCUCUGCCUAGCUGUGGGACUGGAGGCCAGCCCGGAGCUCUCUGGGUACCUGCGCAAGGUGCUGAGGAACCAUACUGCCCACACCUGUGACGGGGAGCAGCUCCUCAUCGUCUGCCCUCACAAGACCACCAUCAGCAUCCUUGGUGCUUUCUAUGGGCGUCGUGUGCCCAGCCCCAACCUCUGCCCCAGUCCUGGCAAUGCCUCCCAGGAGAGCACGGAGUGCACGUCCACCACGGCCCACCUGAAGCUGCUGGCUGAGUGCCAGGACCAGCAGUGGUGCCAGUUCUUGGUGCACAGCCAAGUCUUUGGCCCGGACCCGUGCCCUGGGACACACAAGUACCUCAUCGCUUCCUACAAGUGCCGGCCAGGGAACCAUCGGGUCAAGACUGUGUGCGAGAAUGACAAGCUGAGGCUGCAGUGCCGACCAAAAUCCAUCCUGGCGAUUUAUUCUGCAAAUUAUGGACGAUUCCUCAGGGGCAAACCAGAGUGUGAUUCCCUGAACACUGGGGGACCCCAUAUAGAGUGCUUGGCUCCAGACGCCCUGAGGAGGGUCUCCAAGAAGUGCCACCGCAAGGGGAACUGCACUGUGGCUGCUGACCAGGCUACCUUUGGGGAUCCGUGCCUCCCUGGCAUGAAGAAACAGCUGCGAGUCUCCUACACAUGUGUGCCCAAGCAGCUGCUGGAGGAGGUGGGCCCUGACACCUCAGACCCCUUCCUGCUUUCGGACUACAUGCAUGGUGGCUGGUACAAAGGGCCCAGGUUCUCCAGGCUCCGGGAAGACCGGAUGAUUUUUACUAGCUCUCUGGCAGCUUUUGCCCACCUUUGGGGCAUCCCAGAGAAAGUUGGCCUCUACUUUCUUUGCGGGGUCUCAGGAGGCCUCAUGGUCCUGCUGUGCAUCAUCAGCCCCAAAACAACCUUCCUCCAGGAGGUGGGGGAGGCUCUCAAAGACCCAGAGCUGGAGAGCAGCUUGGAGCUGAGCAGAACCAAGCUGCGGGAUGAGCAGGACGAAGACCUUCCUGAUGACAGCUCCUCAGACUCCUCCUUUCGCCACCUCACCCGCACCUACCGGGCCACUGACAGCAUCUUCAGCCCAGAGCUGACAGCGGCCAUGGAGGGAGCAGUGGAGCACCAGGGCUGUGCCGGGGAGGAGAUCUGGAUGCCCAAGGAGUCAAGCCCAUAUGCCAUCCACAAGAUCAAAUCAGCCACCAAAUAAGAACUGGAAGAAAAUGGCUGGAGAGCAGCAGGACGUGGAGGCUAAGUAGCAUCCAACAGCAGAGACACAAGAGUUUGGGCUCCUCGGGGUGAGCGAGCAUCCUGAGUGGCAGCAGGGCCACAACAACCCCAGUGUGGCCAUCAACCCACCAGCUGGCUCCACCAGCUUGGAAACCUCUAACCCUAGGGUAAGGCACAGCCCCUGGGUGUGUUGAGGGGAUAUGGGAUGGUUUGUGGAGCCACUGGCUCCUUUGCCAUAGUCACGCCGCUAACCCUGAGCUAACCUCCCCAUUCUCAGCUGGCAUCGACUGGCUCUAGUACUUAACUCUGCUCGGCCCCACUGAGCCCGCCCUGAGCCUUUCCAGGCUGCUUGCUCCUGUUUCUUCUCAGGCUUCCACCCUGGUGCUGCAAACACCCCCCAGUACACUGCAGUGUGCCAGCAGUGGAGAUGCAGAAAUGGCCAGGAUGUGGGGAGGCUGCAGGCGGAGCGGGUGGGAAAGUGCUGUGAGCAUCACCCAGCACAGCCCUACCACACCACAUGCCUUGCAGCCCUGGUACCCCCACGGGAGCUGCACCCCAGGGCUGGGGCAGCCAGCAUCUUGGCACAGCGCUGGCUCUCACCUCCCUGCGGGCAUUCAGGAGCUCUGUCACUCUGAGUUGCUCUGUGCUUUCCUUCAUGCUUCCCUCACUGACCCAAGAGCCCUGGGGUUAACUUGCUGGGGCUUUUCCAGUAAAUAAAUGCAACAGCUCAUAUACACAAUGUC